CCUUAAUCUUAAAAAAAACAGAAGCGUAAAAAGCUCAUUUUAUCCUCUCAAGCCGUCUCCGCUGAGGUUGCAGAGAGAGAGAGAAACCAUACUUUCUGGUGUUCCUUCCUUCCUCUUGGGUUUUUGGAGGGAGAUGUGAGCUUCUUCUUCUUCUUCUUCUUCUUCUUCUUCGUCCGCUCCCCAAGAAGACGAAAGAGAAAACCUUUUUUACUCUCUCUCUAUAAAUAUAUAUAGAUGAUGGCACUUUCUCUCCUAUCUCCAAAUCAUUCCCCUGCCUCUCUUUCUCCCUUCACUCUCUCCUCCUCCUUUCCCGCUCCUAAAAAUGCCUCCUUUCUCUCCUCUCUCUGCUCUUUAUAUCAUCCCAAAGGAACCCUCGGAAGCAGCAGAACCGCGACCUCGUUUUUCGGCGGCUCGGCCAACUUAAGAAUCGAUUCCAUGGCGGAAAAGAGGCAAGCAGGUCUCAUCAUGGUUUCUAGAAACGGAGGUUUGGAUGAUUUGGAUGAAGGUGAAAUCGAGAGAAUCGGUGGUCAAGACGAAGAUGAUGAUGAGGAAGAAGAAGGACAUCCUCAUUCACCUUCUUCCCCUGAUAGAUGGGAUGUUUUGGGCCUCGGCCAAGCCAUGGUAGAUUUCUCUGGGGUUGUGGAUGAUGGGUUCCUAAAGAAACUAGGCUUAGAAAAGGGAACGAGGAAGCUGAUCAAUCACGAGGAGAGGGGUAAAGUCUUACAGGCAAUGGAUGGUUGCAGCUAUAAGGCCGCUGCUGGUGGUUCUUUGUCCAACACUCUUGUCGCUCUCGCUAGACUAGGCUGUCCUUCCAUCACUGACCGCCCUUUGAAUGUCGCUAUGGCUGGCAGUAUCGCUGGUGAUCCUCUCGGUAGCUUUUACAGGACUAAACUACGUAGAGCUAAUGUAAAUUUUCUAUCUGAUCCAAUCAUGGAUGGAACAACCGGAACAGUGAUAGUUCUCACCACUCCUGAUGCUCAACGUACUAUGCUUGCCUAUCAGGGAACAUCUUCAGUCGUUAAUUAUGAUUCUUGCUUGGCUAGUUUGAUAUCCAAGACAAACGUCUUUGUUGUGGAAGGCUAUCUGUUUGAGCUUCCUGAUACUAUAAGAACCAUAACAAAGGCAUGCGAAGAAGCCCACAGAAAUGGAGCACUUGUUGCUGUCACUGCAUCAGAUGUCUCUUGCAUAGAGAGGCAUUACGAUGAUUUCUGGGACAUAGUAGGCAACUAUGCGGAUAUUAUAUUUGCAAACAGCGAUGAAGCAAGAGCGUUCUGUCACUUCUCAGCAGACGAAAGCCCAAUCUCAGCGACAAGGUACUUGAGCCACUUUGUCCCGUUUGUUUCGGUGACAGACGGAAUCAACGGGUCAUACAUUGGAGUCAAAGGAGAGGCCAUAUACAUUCCUCCAUCCCCGUGCGUGCCGGUCGACACGUGCGGUGCUGGAGAUGCGUACGCUUCGGGGAUAUUGUACGGUAUCUUGAGAGGUGUCACCGACUUGAAAGGAAUGGGAGACUUGGCUGCUACGAUUGCAGCCACUGUGGUGGGUCAGCAAGGAACCAGGCUCAGGGUUCAAGACGCGGUUAGGCUGGCUCGGUCGCAUGAGUUCCUUCUCAACAGUUCUGGUGUUCGAACUGAUGUUGGGUCUUCUUGAUCCAAAAUCAUCUCUCUCUCUCUCUCUCUAAGCUUUUGAAUGAUUCUUUGUUUCUUAUGUAGUAGCGACUUGUAAGCAUCUCUUCUUCAUUUAGUGGAUACAUUUGGAAUAUUUGUUGUAUGUAACAUUUUUUUUUUGUCUGUAACAUUUUUUGUAUAUAUGCCCUCGUCUAAAUACGCAAGUGUUUCCAACU